AGUACACCGUACAGGUACGAUGUAUGCAUUGAAUGAUCAUUCAAUCUUUGUCAUCACAACAGCCGCGACAUUCUGUACCUUAACUACCGGUAGCUAGUACCGGUACAGUACAGCAACGCUCGGUAUUUGCCAGCUCCAUUGGCCUUUUAAAAACAUCGCACACUUGUACGUGAUUUGCUGUUCAAGCGAAAGCCCACUUGCCCGUAAAAGAAGCAGCCUCGGAACCUUCUUCCUUUUUGCCACCACACCACCACAACUGCCUUUCAAGUCCAAGGACGAGGUGGGGAAGAGUUGUGCGGCCGCUGGGAGGGGCAAUCUUGCGACAAUGGCGGACGUGAUCGGUUUCUGCCGCCAAUGUGGGCUCUCCGAAGACCCAAAUGGGCCUGAUAUGACAGAAGACGGCCGCUUGGUCUUCAAACUUCGUCUGUGAGAAAAUUGCCACUCUGUGGCCUACUGCAACCGUGAUUGUCAGAAGCUCCAUUGGAAGGAACACAAACCCCAUUGCAAGGUUAUCCAAGCAUAUAUCAAUACACUUCCGUUGGAUCUGGACCGUAGAUCUAAUAUUAGCCAGGCAGAUCGCCGUAGUCGUGGAACCAGUGUCGUAGACGACGAGGGCCAGAAUCCUGAAGCCGAAAGGAUGUUCUCGCUGGCUCUGCAAAAUAAGAGAUCCGCGAAAUAUGAUAUUGCCCUCAGUUUGUACAUCCAAGCACACGACCUGGAUCCGUUCAAUCACUUGUAUUAUCAUCACCGUGGGGAAGCCUGGCUCUCGGCUGUUCAGCAUUUCAAUCGCCUUGGAAAUGACUGGUGUUUUGUUUUCCUCGGUCAUGCAGGUUUGGACGCCCAGAGAUCAUUGGACCUGGCGCCUCGUUUCGAUCUGCCUUGGUUGACUUUGGUGAUGGCUCCCAUGGUCGAAGGAAACUUGGACAAUGCCCAGCGGAACCUUGACGUGGCUCUUGAUAAUAACAUUGUGACAGAAGAGCAGUACGCCUACAAGAUCCUCCUCGACUACAAAAACCGCUUGGAGCAGAUGCAGGCAAAUCCAAUGCGAAUGCCUCUGAUUCAUCAUGUCGCUUUCGAGCCCGAAAGGGACCCUUAUUACUUUGCAUAUUCUAACGGGUUCCACAACUACGGUCGUCAGCCUGAACUGCUGGCAGUGGAUCUGGAAAUGGCACGGGGUGUUUCCCACGGCAAGAAAAUCAUGUUCUGGGUGGCCAAGCAUCAAUUGGGUGGGGCGUUUGACAUGGAAUUGGGAGAUGCCUACGAGUAUCCCAAAGAACAAGAAGAGAAAUGCUGGGUUCUGCCCAUUCCAGUCAAGACCGAAGAGAUCCGAAAGGGGCUUCUACCUUUGCUUGACGUGGUCCAGCCGGCUUCUAGAAUUACUCUCCUUCGUGCGGUCUACUGCAAUCAGGGUGAGGAAAAGCCACUGCCCUUGACGGAGGCAGAAGCCAAUGCCUACCUUCAAUCCAUUGUGAACAAUGCGGAGCGGCCAGAAGAGCUGUAUGCCCAAGGAAAGAAGCUGGCCUGUGAAUUAUAAAGACUGGGGAUGAGAAUCGAAAGAAGCAGUGAGUCGACAAUCUGAACGUUUCGUAUCACGAGAACGGAGAAUACAGAGGCCACUAUUUGAAGGGGAUCAGUUGCGUCAGACGAAUCUUGAACCGUAGGAGUACAAGUCUGCAUUGAGGGGACAAAAGCAACACCAAACCAAACAACAAUGCCGUGAAGGAUAUAUAUAGCAUGCAUAAGUUUUAAAACAGAAGAAGGGGUUUCUGUCCACUCUCCGAUGGAUUCGCUGCUUGCAACCGCCGCUGUAGUUGCCUUCCGUUCAUUCGCCUAUUUUUUGGAAGACACCGUAGAUACCGGUACCUUCAGACAAUGG